CUCCCCUGACUCUCAUAUCUUUUUUUCCCAAUGGUGGUUUGUUGCCUGGGUUUACUUGGGUCAUCUGGCUGAUUCAUUGUUGCUGUAAAAACAGGGCUGAGUGUGCUGUGUUGAAAGCCACUGAAACCAGAGGAAACUAGUCACACAAACCCUGACUACCUACCACCUGACAGAUUGCUUGUGCUGCCUGAUAAUUACUCGCACUUUUCCCAGGCUAGUGCAUGUCUUCAGGGGCCGUCCAGAACUACAGAGCUGUUUCACCCUACCUUGGCUUCGAUCUCUUCCCCCAUGCUCGAAGGUGCGGAGCUGUACUUCAACGUGGACCAUGGCUACCUGGAGGGCCUGGUUCGAGGAUGCAAGGCCAGUCUCCUGACCCAGCAAGACUAUAUCAACCUGGUCCAGUGUGAGACCCUAGAAGACCUGAAAAUUCAUCUCCAGACUACUGACUAUGGUAACUUUUUGGCUAAUCAAACAAAUCCUCUUACUGUUUCCAAAAUUGACACCGAGAUGAGGAAAAGACUAUGUGGAGAAUUUGAGUAUUUCCGGAAUCAUUCCCUGGAGCCCCUUAGCACAUUUCUCACCUAUAUGACGUGCAGUUACAUGAUAGACAAUGUGAUUCUGCUGAUGAAUGGUGCAUUGCAGAAAAAAUCUGUGAAGGAAAUUCUGGGGAAGUGCCACCCCUUGGGCCGUUUCACAGAAAUGGAAGCUGUCAACAUUGCAGAGACACCUUCAGAUCUCUUUAAUGCCAUUCUGAUCGAAACGCCAUUAGCUCCGUUCUUCCAAGACUGCAUGUCUGAAAAUGCUCUAGAUGAACUGAAUAUUGAAUUGCUGCGCAAUAAACUAUACAAGUCUUACCUUGAGGCAUUCUAUAAAUUCUGUAAGAAUCAUGGUGAUGUCACAGCAGACGUUAUGUGUCCCAUUCUUGAGUUUGAGGCCGACAGACGUGCUUUUAUCAUCACUCUUAACUCCUUUGGUACUGAAUUGAGCAAAGAAGACCGGGAGACCCUCUAUCCAACCUUCGGCAAGCUCUAUCCUGAGGGGUUGCGGCUGUUGGCUCAAGCAGAAGACUUUGACCAGAUGAAGAACGUAGCAGAUCAUUACGGAGUAUACAAACCUUUAUUUGAAGCUGUAGGUGGCAGUGGGGGAAAGACGUUGGAGGACGUGUUUUACGAGCAUGAGGUACAAAUGAAUGUGCUGGCAUUCAACAGACAGUUCCACUACGGUGUGUUUUAUGCAUAUGUAAAGCUGAAGGAACAGGAAAUGAGAAAUAUUGUGUGGAUAGCAGAAUGUAUUUCACAGAGGCAUCGAACUAAAAUCAACAGUUACAUUCCAAUUUUAUAACCCAAGUGAAGUUCUCAAAUGCAGAAAAUUAUAAAUGUUGAAAGGAAGUUAUUGAAGAAAAUAAAAGAAAUUAUGUUGUAUUAUCUA